AUGAAUAGAAUCAAGUCAUUUGAGAAGCAUAUGGACCCUCAUGUUUGCCAUGACAUUUACUACUCGACACCUGCCACCGUCAAUGAGACAUCAUCCAACUACUCACAGCAGCGUUCAAAGAGAGGGGAUAAUAGCAGCAUCAGUAGUAGUAGUGUAGAGAACAAGAUCUACCCUUUGACAUUGGAGAAUCUGUCAAAAGUUGAAUUAGCCGAGCCAUCAAGCAUGCCGCUCGCCCGUUACUGCAGCGAAAUAAGGUCUGCCUCCUCUUACAUCUCUGCCUAUUCAGAAUCCAACAUAUCUUCACAAAGAAGAAGCCCGCAGCGCCGAGUCCAGCAACAAGACAAAGUGAUAGAAUCGCCGAGAUUACUGCCUUUCCCAUAUCACAAUGAUUCGCAUUUCUUGCCUACAGCAGAGCAUGAUUAUCCCGGAGGCUGCUCUACCACAGAUGCUUCCUCUUCCUUGGUGAGCCUGUCUGUACACACAGUGGCUUCUCGUCAACAUUUGGCAAGCCCGCCUAGCCUCACAUUUCCUAACCGUGUGUACCAUCGUCAAUUAAUCACCUCUCCUCGCGGGCAACACGAAAACUACUAUAACGCACUUAGUUACAAUGAUGAUGAUAUGACGAGUUCCAUCAGUCAGAAACGUAGAGCAACCAGUGUUACACCAUCAUCGCCUUCAACAUUGCGCGAGGAUGUCAUGGUGCCACAAAAGAAGCGCCGUAGCAAUAAUAGGUUUGCAUCAAAGUUUAAGAAGAAUUUGCUUCGUUUCAAGUCAAAUAGCAGCACUAUCAUCGAGACCGCCAGCUGCCAAAAUAGCUACUACUCUCCCUCCACUUCAGCUGUCUGGACAGCAACACUGAAUGAUCAUCAGCAAACACAGCAACAUCAAACAGCAACCAGCAAUACCUCUUGGUUUGAAAAACUUUGGAAGUUCUUUCGACCUUCAUCUGUCUCUUUUGUAAAAAAAUCUCGUCAAAAUGCCUCAUCUGCUUCUUCAGCAACUGGUGAGCCUGUCUGGUACAGUCAAUUUAGAUGCAAUCCACCUCCUCCUUCCGGUAUCACUCUUUUGUCUUGA